AUGGCCUGGCAGCCGAGGGCCCUCCAGGGGACAAAGGCUGGGACUCCGAUAGCCAUCCGAGCUUGCUUCCUUGGCUUUGUGUUCGGCUGCGGCAUGUUGCUAAGUUUUAGCCAGUCUUCUUGGAGUCACUUUGGCUGGUAUAUGUGCUCCUUGUCACUAUUCCAUUAUUCUGAAUAUUUGGUCACAGCAGUCAAUAACCCCAAAAGUCUGUCCUUGGAUUCCUUUCUCCUGAAUCACAGUCUGGAGUACACAGUAGCCGCUCUUUCUUCUUGGAUAGAGUUCACACUCGAAAAUAUCUUUUGGCCAGAACUGAAGCAGAUCACCUGGCUCAGUGCCUUGGGGUUGCUGAUGGUGGUCUUUGGAGAAUGUCUGAGGAAAGCGGCCAUGUUCACAGCUGGUUCCAAUUUCAAUCACGUGGUGCAGAAUGAAAAAUCAGAGACUCAUACCCUGGUGACAAGCGGAGUGUAUGCUUGGUUUCGGCAUCCUUCUUACGUCGGGUGGUUUUACUGGAGCAUUGGAACCCAGGUGAUGCUGUGCAACCCCAUCUGUGGCGUUGGCUACGCUCUGACGGUGUGGCGAUUCUUCCGAGAUCGGACAGAAGAAGAGGAGAUCUCAUUAAUUCACUUUUUUGGAGACGAGUACCUGGAGUAUAAGAAGCGGGUGCCCACAGGCCUGCCUUUUAUAAAAGGGGUCAAGGUGGAGCUAUAA